UUUAUUUUACCGGAGAACAUCCUUUACAAUGGCAAUAACUCAAGCAAUUUAGCGUGAAAUGCGCGAGCAACACACACAGCAAUUCUGCUCUGGCAAUCUAGCAGGUGUUUAUAGUCUGUGCUGAACAGAAGGUCCGCGAGCGAGCAGCACACGACACUAGCAGUACACAGAGACCGCUCGUUACUCGUUUAAAAAUAGUUGAGUACUACAAGGUAUACGGACAGCUAGUCAGUGGGAUGCGUUACCUUGGAUUUUCGUAUUCUUUCGAAAGCUGUCCGGUCUCUAGGAAGAAUAUUUGCAUCUGACAAGUGUAUCGAUUCGACGCCAAUCAUUGAGAGAUAGAUUGGAACAAUUACAGAUAAUAGAAUGGCUUCGAGAGUCACCUUGCAACAGGCCCUAGGUACCGAUGGCAGCGAUUUCCAGCACAGACAGAAAGUCGCCACACAUUAUCAAAUCAGUGCCAUGAACAAGUCAAGACUGAAAUAUUGUAUGGUUUUUCAUUAUGUAUUAUUUUCUGUUAUGCUGGCCAAAUUGUCAGCUGAUAUUUUAGACCGUUUGAAUAUAUUUAUUUUAGAGAUAGAAGAGCUUCAAAUACCUCAGCCCUUGUGGUGGGAGUAUAUAUGGUGCAUAAGUUUGUUUUUAUCAUUCCUUGGACUACCAGCUAUCAAAACAAACAAAAUAAAAUCUCUCAAGCAAUACAUGAUUGGUAUUGUAAUACUUGGGGUUGGACCUAUUUUAUACGCAACUAUAUACUACUUUAAGGAUGUUUAUGAAUAUUUAAUGGAUGGUGACAAAGCAAAUAUUCAAGUGUGGCAGGGCUACCCAUAUGGUGUUUUAUGGUAUGGUUUUAUUCUUGCUGCAUCUCAAGUCCAUGGCUUUACCUUAUACUUUUCAUAUAAUCUGUUGAUGGCAUGGCAAAAUAGAAGGUCUAACUAAUGAUUUUCCAUGCAUUCUGUAAAUAAAAAUAUUUUUUAAGCUGCUAAUGUAGGUGCAAUGCAAAGCACAAUUGGAAACUGUCAAUUUUCAACAAUUUAUAUGUCAUCAAGCAUAUAAAAAUUAUUUUUUUUAAUAAAAACGACUUCCAGAACUUUUAAAAUUAUAGCAGUAAGAAAUUAUAUUUUAUAAUAAAUGAAAGGGUGAUAAAAUUUGAAAAAUCUAAAAGAUGUAAGAUUUUGUAAAUACAUUAUUAAAAAAAUGAAAAUAUUACUCCAA